GCUUUAUAAGUAAAUUAAUAAAGAAAAGGAAAGAAAGGGAGAGUGAGACACGGAACGAUGCCUGGGUUAGUUCGAUCCAAAUCCUGUGGAGUACUCGGAUUCACUGAGUUAAACCAUUCUCCUCCGACUCCGAGUCCAUUCUUCUACCAAAUCAGAACAAACGACCAUGAAUCCAGUGACCACGAGGAGGAAAUUUUUGCCCAAGAAAAUGGCUGUGACGGAAACCCCAUCGCUACGACGCCGUUGAUAAGUCCGAAGUUGAGAUUCGGUGGUAGUCAGGGACGAAAAAGUAAUUCAACCUGUAAAGGCAAUAAUCAGUUCCCGCUUAUGGAUAUUUUGGCAGAGUUGUUGAGGAAGUCAUUGGUCACUUGCAGAGUGGACACCGACGACAUCUCUUCCAUGGAUAUUAGCUGGCCAACUGAAGUCAGGCACGUCUCUCACGUGACUUUUGACCGCUUUAAUGGCUUCCUCCGCUUGCCGACUGAUCUUCAGCCUGAAGUUCCCACAAGGGUUCCCAGUGCAAGCGUCUUCGGAGUCUCGGCCAAGUCGAUGCAAUGCUCUAAUGAUGGCAGAGGGAAUAAUGUGCCCACGAUUCUUCUUAUGAUGCAGGGUCGUUUGUAUGCCGAAGGAGGCCUUAAGGCGGAAGGAAUAUUUCGGAUUAAUGCAGAGAAUGGUCAAGAAGAGUAUGUCCGGAACGAGUUAAACAAUGGCGUCUUACCGCGCGGAAUUGAUGUGCAUUGUUUGGCAGGUUUGAUAAAGGCAUGGCUUAGAGAACUUCCUAGUGGAGUACUAGAUUCCCUUACCCCGGAGCAGGUGAUGCUCUGCAACACCGAAGACGACUGUGUCCAACUUGUUAAGUUGCUUCCUUCAACAGAAGCUGCUCUAUUUGACUGGGCUAUCGAGUUGAUGGCAGAUGUCGUGCAACAUGAACAAUACAACAAGAUGAAUGCACGCAACAUCGCAAUGAUUUUCGCACCAAAUAUGAGUCAGGUGGCUGAUCCUUUGACGGCAUUGAUUCACGUGGCGAAAGUGAUGAACUUCCUCAAAACACUGAUCCUAAAGUCGAUUCGUGAAAGGGAGGAGUCGGCUGCCAAGGCCGACGUCCAUUCUGCAACCAUAAACAGAGGUGUCUACCAUGGGCAAGCUCUUGAUUCAUGUGCAUCUAAAGAACCCGCCACUACUAAAAUCAUGAGGGUUGCCAUGCUUGGUAGACUUGAACACGGCGUGGAAGAGAAACCAUUGAGCUUUCGGAAUGGUGAGGGAGAAGAUGAAUUUGAGUCCAGUUCAGAUAACAUCAUCCGAAAUGAAUGCAAAGCGGCGAGUGUUGAAAGUGAAUGUAGAGGCGGUUAUGACAAUGGGGACCGGCUAAGUCUAAGAAAUGGAGUAAGGCGGCUAUGCAGGCACCCGAUAUUCCAAUUGAGUAAGCAGAUGAAGAAGACACGGAAUCUAGGGAUUGUAAAUACUAGAGGAGGUGAAAGGUGAAAUGUCUAUACGUUGGUUGUUGAUCAUUGAGGUGGAUGUUGUU